CUUGACAGAGAACGUUUGGCAGUGCCUGGGUAAGACUUUACUUCACUGUCAAGAGAGGAUGGAUGGAAGCACCAGAGAACAAGGCUAAGGUCCCCAUAUCACUCCAGCUCAAUGUCUGUAACGUGAAGUUGGCUGAACCGUCAGAUUCUGAAAGGAACUUUUGUUUUAAAGUUAUAUCUCCAUUUAGGACCGUAUUGCUUCAGGCAGAGAAUUCUAAAUUGUUGCAAGAGUGGAUAGAUGUCCUCACUAAUGCCAUUACUUAUGCUAUUCACAAUCAAACUACUUCUACUGAUGAUACUUUGACUGAUGACACUCCUAACUCACCAGUAGACCCAACACCAGCUGAACUAGACAAGCCUCGUUCUGGUGCUUCAGUUAUGAGACGGUUGCAGUCAAAUUGAUGGUAAUGAAGUGUGUGCUGAUUGUGAAGCUGCUAAACCGAAAUGGGCCAGUGUCAAUUUAGGAGUACUGAUAUGCAUUGACUGCUCUGGAGUACACAGGAGCUUAGGAGUACAUGUAUCACAGGUUCGGUCCCUCACUUUAGACACUAUGAAGCCGGAAUGGGAGGAGAAGUUACGAGAUAUCGGGAACAAGAGGUCAAACAAUAUAUAUGAGGAACUGCUACCAGCAGGAUUUAACCGAAGUUCACUAAAAAAUGAUCAAACUCGUACAAAGUUCAUUCAGGACAAGUACAUUUCAAUGAAGUACACAUCUGAAGAGAAUAAAGGAGCCAUCAGGUCUAGACGGGAUCAGAGCAGAUCAGCUUCUUUGGCGAAAUCAAAAGAAGCAAUUGCAGCUGUAAUGAGCACCCCACAUGAACUGGACCAAGGACUAGCUGUCCCUGAUGCAGCUGCUCCAAUCAAGUCAAAAUCCUCUCCCUCGGUUGCCAGGAAAGAUGAUAAACCUGUGUCUCCCCCUCUCCCUCCUUUUAUCAGCAGCAGUGGGGCUGGGGGUAGGUCCCCACGUACUUCAUCAAGAAGUAACGGAGACAGUAAAGGAAGUGGUAUUGAACGAAAGAAGCAAGGGAUAGCCAGGGCCUUUAGUUCCAGCAGUUCUACUAAUGAUACCAGUUCCAGUGCUUCAAUUUCUGAGGGGGCAGAGAGACCCCCCAGUAGGGGGGCCGGAGCUGUCCUUCAAAAAUGGGGCAAGAGUCUUGAGAAUGUAAAAGACUCUGUAGUCAAGUUUGCACGAAAUGACUAGCUGUAUAGUAAAGCACUGUAUGAUUAUUAUUAUUAUUAAUUUUCUAUUAUUAUUAUUAUUGUUGUUGUUGUUGUUAUGUGGAGCAAUCUAUGUGUGAACUGUGAGGGUUAUAGUUUUUAUUGAUUAUAAUUAUUUUUUUGAUUAAUAUAAAUUAUUGUUAUUCUGCUUUAAGUUAAACCCAUUAAAUUUUAAGGUGAAAAUUA